AUGCUUUGGAAAGCUGUAAGAGCGAAGAAGUUGCACUUGCCGCGGAUAUUAGUGAGACUUCAGUCAAGCUCGACAGCCGAAUUCCAAGAGCUGCAUCCACUAUUACUCAAAAGAGCCGAGAAAUAUGCUGAAGAAUUAAAAGCUCUCGAAAAAUGGAUGGCUAAAGGCGAAGGAACAUUCGAUGUCGAGAGACAAAAGAAGUUUUCCAGGCUUUGCGCAGUGGUGGAUUCUUUUCACAGGUACUCGCGUGAAAUUGAGCUUCUGAAAGAUCUUCAAGAUAUGAUGAAGGAUGAUCCCAGUCUCCGUGAUGAAGCCCAACAAGAGAUGGCUGAAAUCCGGCCUCAGCUGGAGAAGACCUCAUCCUCACUUUUAGGGCAGCUCCUGCCUCCUCAUCCGUUUGCUGAUAGGCCAUGCAUAUUAGAAAUCAGGCCUGGCGUUGGUGGCAUAGAAGCUAUGAUAUUCGCACAAGAUCUACUGGGCAUGUACAUCAACUAUGCACACAACAAGAGGUGGAAAUAUCACAUUAUUUCGCAGUCAGCAAACGAGAGCGGCUCCGGUAUCGUCGAUGCUAUUUUGAGUAUUGAUGAGCCUGGCUCUUACGAUAAGCUUCGCUUUGAGGCAGGCGUUCACAGAGUUCAGCGCAUUCCUGCUACGGAAACGAAGGGAAGAACGCACACUUCAACUGCUGCAGUGGUUGUUCUUCCUCAGAUGGCAGAGGACAAUGAAAAAGAAGCAGAAUCAUAUGAGAGGACUUUCAAACCCGAUGAGAUCAGGAUUGAUGUAAUGCGUGCUCGCGGAAAGGGCGGACAGCAUGUCAACACAACAGAUUCUGCUGUAAGGCUUACGCAUUACCCCUCAGGAAUAGUCAUUAACAUGCAGAAUGAAAGGUCUCAACACAAGAACAAAGCCAAAGCAUUCGCAAUCCUUCGAGCGAGGUUGGCAGAGAUUGAACAAAAAGCUAAAGAGGAAAAGGCUAGAGCUGCUCGGAAAGGACAAGUAAGUACGACAGACCGCUCUGAUAAAGUUCGUACGUACAAUUUCCCUCAGAACAGAAUAACAGAUCACAGAUGUGGCUUCAACCUUCAUGAUAUGGAAGGCAUCAUGGCCGGUGAGAGACUUGAUGAUGUUAUCGAUGCCAUGCAGAUCUAUGAUAGCGAUACGCGUGCGAAAGAGCUUCUCGUCGAAGUUCAAGGAACGGCAUAA